AUGAAAGCGGAAGCCGAAGCAUUAAGUCGUGCGGGGCGCAGUUUCGAUCGUUUGUUGUUCGGCCUCCGUCACACCGGGACUAUUCCGGAAAUUGGCCUGCCACAGCAUGCAGUGCGCGAGUUUCUGAUGCGUUUGGCAAGUGUGGAUUCGAAUAAUCGUUUCGAUGCGACCAGCAUUGGAGCUGGGGAGCGUGAGGGACGUGUCUGCUCGGCCCUGGUCCAUGAGCUGCACCUCGGUUUCGCGCAUGGCAUCGGCCGAUCCGGCAACCUGACCGAGCGCCAGCCGAAAGCUGUUGGUUGCUCCAUUCUCUCCGAAAUUGCCAACAAACUUGCCCUUGAUGCUAUUCGCUUCCUGGGCAUCCCCGGUGCCAGAGCAGCUAUGGUUGUCCCGGUUGCCACCGGUAUGGCCCUUUCGCUGUGUUUGGGCGCAUGGAGGCAGACGAAAGCUUAUGCGAAAUUCGUGGUAUUUCUUCGAAUUGACCAAAAAUCGUGUUUCAAAUCAAUUUUGACGGCCGGUUUCGAGCCGAUCAUCGUCGAUUGUAUCCGGGAGAGCCCUAGCAACGAUUCUCUGGUAACAGAUCUCGCGACGCUGAGGUUGAUUCUGGAACAAAGGCACCAUGAAAUACUUGCUGUUUUGAGUGCCACAUCCGGUUUCGCGCCUCGCAAUCCGGACGAUCUGGUAGCCGUCGGUGAAUUGUGCGCGGAGUACGGUGUAAAGCAUCUCGUGAACAACGCUUACGGCCUGCAAUCCCCGGAAUGCCGGAGCCGAAUCGAGGAAGCCGGCGCAGCGGGCCACAUCGAUGCAUUCGUGCAGUCCACCGAUAAGAAUUUCCUCGUACCAGUUGGUGGCUCAAUUGUGGCAACGUUCGAUGCGCCCUCUCUGGAUAUCAUUGCAUCUUUCUACCCGGGCCGAGCUUCCGCGGUGGUCGAUCUGCCAAUGAACCAGAUCUCCUUGGCGAUAACGUUGAACGGCUGGAUGGCGGACCAGCAAACAGCAUUCGGGGCUCGGUUGUUUAGUCGUGGAGUCACUGGCGCACGGGUGGUACCAAACGGCACAUCAAAAAGCAUCAGCAGCUAUGAAUUCGUGAAUUUCGGUUCGCAUGCAUCGCGUCAGCACUGUGGCUACUUGAACGUGGCCUGUGCUCUGGGCAUGUCCGUGCACGAAAUCGACCAGUUGCAAAGAGUGCUGAGAGAAGAAACCCCGAAGUGGGCGCUGGCUAACACAAAAGGUACGUCAAAAUGA